ACGAAUAGCUAGUGAACCAUCGUCAACUUCUGUCUUCUUUUCCGGUAAUGUACUACAAGUCAUCAGCUUAACCGCUCGUGUCGUCGCAGAACAAAAAAAUAAAGAAAAAAAUUAAAAAUUGUGUAGUUUUAAUUAGUAAUACACAAAAAACACAAGUGAAAUUUAGAAAUAUUAAAAAAUAUUGAAAUUUAUAUUAAUAUAAAUAAACACAAAUCCCAUACAUAAUGGCCGAUAACAAGAAUCAAGAUUGUGAAAUGAAUGGUGAAGAUUUCUCACAAGACGUCAGCGCUAAUGAAAAAGAAAAUGGUGGAACUGCCGGUAACACCAAUGGAAAUGCCAACGAUACAAAUGCACGCGACGAUGACAGAAAAUUAUUUGUUGGCGGUUUAAGCUGGGAAACCUCAGAAAAGGAAUUGCGCGAACAUUUCAGCAAAUUCGGUGAAAUUGAAAGCAUCAAUGUUAAAACAGAUCCACAAACUGGACGUUCUCGUGGUUUUGCAUUUAUUGUAUUCACACAGACUGAUGCUAUUGAUAAAGUUAAUGAAGCUGGCGAACAUGUUAUCAACAACAAGAAAGUUGAUCCUAAGAAAGCUAAAGCCCGCCAUGGUAAAAUCUUUGUCGGUGGCUUGACCACCGAAAUCAGUGAUGAUGAAAUCAAAACCUACUUCAGUCAAUUCGGCAAUAUUGUCGAUGUUGAAAUGCCUUUCGAUAAGCAAAAGUCCCAACGUAAAGGUUUCUGUUUCAUUACCUUCGAUUCAGAACAAGUUGUUACUGAAUUGUUGAAAACACCCAAACAAAAAAUCUCCGGCAAGGAAGUUGAUGUUAAACGUGCCACCCCCAAACCAGAAAAUCAAAUGAUGAUGAUGCGUGGUGGUCGCGGUGGUGUACGUGGUGGUCGUGGCGGUUACGGACGUGGUGGUUAUUCUCAUCAAUGGUCUGGUCCUGGUGCAUAUCCCUAUAGUAGUUAUGGUUACGAUGCCGGUUAUGGUGAUUACUACAGUGGUGGAUUUUUCAAUGGCUACGAUUAUGGCUACGACUAUGGCUAUGCUGGAGGUUAUGAUGGCUAUGGUGGUAGCGGUGGUGGUUACGGUAGUGGUGGAGGCGGUGGUGGUGGUAAUCGUGGUGCUGGUGGACCCAGAGGUGGUCCCAAAGGAGGUAGUUCUGGUGGCGGUUAUCAAUCCGGCAAACAAAGAGGGACAGGACGCCAGCCAAGACAUCAACCUUACUAAAUAAAACUUCCUUAAUUUAAAUAAAGAUAAACCAGAA